AGUUAUUAAAUCGUAGAAAUUGUGGAGUUGUUAUUAAACGAGCUGGACGACUGGGUUAUUAUGAAAAUGAUGAAGAGCAAUACCAACCUACGGUUAAUUUAUGCAGAUCUGUCAUUUCUGGUGUAAAAUUUAACCGGGCGUCUGUGAUGGCUGUCUGCUCGUACAAAUAUUAAAAUUAAUAUUUUUCACGUUUAUUUUGAAUUAUCGCGACCAAAAUGCCUCGUGUGAAAGCAGCGCCGAAAAAAUGCAUUAAAUCCAACUUGCAAAAUCCCGCAAAUUCCUGGGUGUUUGUUAUAAAAGGGGAAGCUUUGGAGCUUUCUGACCAAUAUACGGGGACUGGAACUCCUGAUAUUGUCACCCUGAGACAUCCAAACACUGGAGAAUCUGCUGUAUUUCUAUUUUCUGCAGCUAAUAAUUCAGUACAGGAAAUUUUAUCAUUCAGUGAUGGAAAAAGAGGAUGGUUUGUUGAUGAGUCUGUGAAAAAUGAUGGAAAAAUGAAUCUAUCAUCUCCUAUUGAUCCAAUAUUUUUAGUUCUUCCUUAUUUAAGAAAAUACUGUAGCAACCAAGUCAUUCCAUUGGAUCAAUUAUUAAGAGAUGAAGAAUUUCCUGAAACUGAGAGGUUGCUGAAAUCCAGUGGCCUAAAAUACUUAAAUAUGAUUGCAGAUAGAAAGGGAGAUGAAGAAUUAAACGCCUUUAAAUACAAUGAGGACAAAACUUUAUCAUGGCUUAAAAAGAAAACAGAAAAACUGGCAGACAUCCUGAAAGCCAAAAAUAUCCAAGUGACAGGAGGGGGAGCAGUUUCAGCCAGUUUUGUGAAAACCGGAAGCCCGGACAACGAUUCCUACCUAAAAUAUGCACAUGGUAUUGUUUCUGAAUAUCUCAUGGAUGACCUUAGCCAAAAAUUACUGAAAUACUUGAAUUUACCUGAGGAUGUUCCUCAGAGUACAUUAAAAAGAAAAAGUACACAACAAACACCCCAGCAAGAAUCUAAAAAACCAAGGAAUGAAGAAGAAAACAAAAGUGGCUCAUCGAAUGUUUUGGAUCUGAGUAAACCUGAUCCUAAAAUGCCAAAAACUCAAGUUUUAAAUGCAAAAGAUAAAGCUAGAAACAAAGCAGCAAGUGGUUGUAAGCCUAUAAGUUCAUUUUUCAAGAAAACUUAAUUUAUUCCCUUCUUAUUUUUACUGUGAAAUAUCUAGGUCAAUUUUUAUCAUUUUCAACUGCUUUAGAAAAGUUGAAUGUUUUUAUUUAUGAGUCAAUACAGGUGAGGUUGUCCUAAAUGUAUAUUUUUCAAAAAAUAUUCUUUUAUUUUUAAAGUUUAUUAAUAGUAAGGCUUUGUGUGGAUAAUACUUAGGAAAACAUAUACUAAUGGCCUUUUAAUCUAAUAUCAAAAACAAUGUUCUGUAAUAUGGUCUUAUGAAAAGGCUGCCUAAAACAUAAAUUUAUUUAUUAUUUUUUUUGUUACAUCUAUUUUUUGCUUGGGGCAUUAUAUUUUGGUCUUUAAAUUUUAAAUAAUUAGUACCUACUAAAAUGUUCAAUAGGCAAAAUAAUGUUUUUAUUUAAAUUGAUUAUUUUUUUAAUUUGCUAAGCAAAUUAAAUGUCUCAAGUACUUUUCCUGUUUGUAAGAAAAUACUCCAAGAAAUUUGUUCCUAUUAAGGUCAAAACUGACUGACUCUGGUAGAAGAGGUUUUAGUAAAUGUUGAGUGUAUCAAGUAAAACUAAAGCAAUGUUUUCUUCAAUAGAAUAGAAAGGCAAUACAUUAAAUAUAAUGUUUUAAAGUAGAUAUCAUGUAAAACUUUUAUUUUUUUAUUAUGUAUUUUCACUUUAUAUUGUGACUUAGAUUAUAGGAUUUUUAUUGUUACAAUUUUUCGU